AGUAGCUCUCUCUUAUGUGUCACCGAGUGGUUGUGCCGCUGCAGCUGUCAUUCGAAGAAAAGCUUCGGAAAAGGCUGAGUACUCUUGAAAAGCAACUGGAAUAUUGCGUUGUAUUUUUGCUUUUCCCCUUCAGACCGCAGGCUGCUGUCUUAGUCAGGUUACAUUUCAACAUGGGACGGGUUGUUUGAAACGUUGGCGUGCAUUGUGUUAGCGCCACGGUGCUUUUCGAGGUGCUUCGUUAGCCAUCCGCCGCGUAAAAGUGCCGUUCGCGACAGUCAGUGGCUCGGUCGGCGAAGGAAGUUCGAUGUUUAUCUCGCGCUGUCGCUGACGCGUGUUUGUAACGGACGGGAACGUUCCUCUUUCUCUCUUCAGUAGUUUUAAUAAAACGGAAAGUGUUGUUGCCUCAGUUUCCUCAAUGUCCGCGACGAACUCCUCUCACCAGCAGCAGCAGCAACGGGUCCGACGCAGCAAUGCGGGCUCUCCGAACUCCAGCGGCGGUAGUGCUUGCGGCGGCGGCGGCGGGGCGACCCGGCUGCAGCCCAUCCGCGCCACGGUGCCCUACCAGCUGCUGAGGGGGAACCAGCGCAGCCCGACUCUUGUUUCUCCCAACUCCUCGGUCGGCAGCAACACGGCACCGGCGGCAGCCCAAGGCUCCAGUCCGCCGAGCCCCACUCAGCUGCCGGGAAGCACCGAGCCCAGACUGGCCUCCAGACGGAGGCUGUCGCCGGACAGCAGCAGCAGGGACUCCCCGGAGCGCGGGGCCACCUCGCCUGGGCACAGAGUGGAGAGAUCCAAGUCACAGCAGGCACGUGGCACCGGUUCGAUCCGUAGGACCUCGUCGCUGGACACCAUCACGGCACCCUACCUCACCGGACAGUGGCCUCGUGAUCCCCAUGUGCACUACCCCUCCUGUAUGAAAGACAAAGCUACUCAGACUCCUGGAGGCUGGACUGAGGAGGUCGGGGAGGGGAGUAUCCACCAGCGCUCUGCGUCCUGGGGUAGUGCUGAUCAGCUGAAAGAGCAGAUAGCAAAGCUCCGACAGCAGCUGCAGCGCAGCAAGGCUUCUGGCCGACAGGGCAAGGAGAAGGAGCGCCACUCACCCCUGCAGGGCACACACACUGUAUCCAGCUCAGCCCAGCCAGCGUCAAAGUCAGUCUCGGUGCCGACAUCCAGCACCUCAGUGUCAAAGUCCUCCAUCUUCCGAGUCCCCAGCAGUAUGGAUGGCAUCAACCAUGAGCUGGAGGGGGUAUUCAUCAAAGACAGUGGGGAAAAAGAGGAACUGAAGGCUCUGGAGAUCCCAGAUGGUCGGCGUGCCCCGUACCCCUCGCAGCAGCAGCGCAGCAGCAGUACACGAAGUGUCGAUACCCAGACACCAUCAGUGCUGGGGCGCUCUAGCAGUUGCUCUAGCCAUUCACCCUGCCCUUCACCUCCUGGCCACCUAGGCUCCGCUGAGGACUUGCUGUAUGACCGUGAGAAAGACAGCGGCAGCAGUUCCCCUUUGCCCAAGUUUGCAUCCUCUCCAAAACCAAACAACAGCUAUAUGUUCAAGCGAGAGCCCCCUGAAGGCUGCGAGAGGGUCAAGGUUUUUGAGGAACUGACGUCUCGCCAGGGUGGCUCUGUCCCGCUCUUCUCGUGCCCUGACAAAAACAAGGUGAACUUUAUCCCUACUGGCUCCGCCUUCUGUCCUGUCAAACUCCCAGGCUCCUCCCCCUCUGGCCGAGGCUAUGCUUCACUGUAUGCCGUGGCUGUGGAGCCACCUGCCCCAUCCCUAUCUCAGGUCUCCACAAGAACCAGCACAGAGGACCCACUGGAGGCCUCUGCAACACCCUCAUCUCGCCUCCAGGGGGAGCCCCUUGACCCAGUCCCUUGGCCUCAGAGCUUUUUCAUUAGCUAGUCUCUAGCAGAGCUGGCACCUGCCCCAGCCCAUAUACCCCAGCCACAAAGCCACCUCCACUCUGUCCCUUUCCUAUCUAGCAGCAAGGUCCCUUGCCUUUAGGAGGAGCUCAGCUUCUCUGAUGAACCCUAUUUUUUGCAUGGCGUAGCAAGACUUUCUAGAACAAAAAUUGAGUGUUUCUAGCAUAUUCUUAAACAAUGUCUCUUGGCCAGGGAUAGGAAUAUUCUCAUACGUUUACACUGUAAUAAGCAGAUGCUUGUGUGUUUGGGGGGAAAAAUGUAAAAGUUCACGCUUCCUUAAGUGUUAAAGGAUGGGGCUUUGGAAUGGGGAAAAGAAAGGGAGGGGGCAUGCACUUAAAGCUGGAUUAUUUAAUUGGAUACAUUUUGAUGUGCUGUAUUGUUUCAGUAUCUACAGUAUGAAUAAGCUCAAUAUCAAAAGAAAAGAAAAUGCCUGUCAAAAUGGUAAACUGAAUUUCUGUCAUGUAUGUAAUAGAAAGGGAAAACAGAUGUAGUUUUCAGGAUUAUGUUUACAGUCGAUCCAGGUUAGGUGCAUACACUAUAUAUAAUGCAAAAAAGAAGGAAAAGAAACCAGACACAAGGCCUCAUCUGUUGCACAACGGCUGCUUACGGCCACGCUUCAGGUAUUUCACUCCAGUCGAAACUCAGGUGAUUUGGAAUGUAUCCAUUUGUGGAUUGAUCCCAAUCUGCAACUUUUUUGGGAGGAGAAGAAAAUUAGACAAUAAGCGUCACUAUUGCCUUUCCAUUUUUAUACAUUGAUCUUUUUUCCUCAUGACAUUCCGUGCCGCUGGAAUCAGUGCUUUCUGCUCUGGGGGCUAUAGCCUGGAGCAGAGCAAACCAGCCGACCAGCAGCGCUGACGGUCGCCGUCGCUAUUCCGUCAUUCCAGCAAAGACCGAAACAAAGAUUUAAAGAAGAAAAAAAAAAAAAAAAUUUCCAAACAGCAUGAAUUAUUCAGGUGUUGCUUGUCCCAUGACUGUUAAGAUAUGAAUGAAUGUGUGUAGUGCCAGACAGUACCUAAAAAACAUUCCUUUGCAUUAUAUUCUCAGCUUAGAACUGAAAGGAAAACCUUUUGGGCUGUAAGCAGAGGUGUCCAAACUUCCACAGUUGUCAUAUGACAAUGCCAUAAUCAGUGAAAACUUCAUAGAAGUGUAAGCAAGAGACCAAAUUAUUUUAUUUCAAUCUGACUUACUGAGAAAAACUGUUGAAUAGAAUUUUUUUUUUUGACAGCCAGAAUAUCACACAUAUGUCCUGCUUCUGUCAGCCAGACCUGGAGGAAUUAGUGACUUAUGUGCAUUCUUUGAGGUAAAAAUGGUAGAUAUGGCCUUAAACAGAUGCAAUUUUUUGUAGCCCCCACUUUAUCUCCACUGACUAAGUUGGUGUCUAUUUAAAAGUAAUCUGAAAUGUUACUCUAAAUAUGUAAAAUAUAUUUUAGUAAAUACACAUAUAUACAUAAGUGCAAUUUGUUUGAAAUCCUUAAAAAGGUCACCAUUUGGGCUGAAUUAAAAAAAAAAAAAAAAGCACACUGCUGAAAGGGACAGAUGGCUUCCAUAAAGUGACAAGUAAAUGGGG